GCCAUCUUUGUUCUCAGAGCCCAGCGCCUGUGUUUUUUUUUUCCCCAAUAUCCCUACAGCUCGAGCGCCUGGACCCAUCCGCGCGCGAGGCAGCCAUCCUCUCCCAUCGAUUUGCACGGUAGAAACUGAAUAAAUAAGACCGAAGACGGGGACAGGACCACCGCCUACAAUAUAAAGGGACACAUCAGCGACCGCAGCGGGGGAACAUAAAAUACAAACAUCGACAAAAUCUGAACAGAAUAUUUAAAAAAAAUAUAUUGACACCUAUUCACAAGAAAAAUAAUCUAGAACGCCAGAAGCAUAUACUUAACAGACCACAAACGAGAUGUCUGCCCCGGCUGCCGCCCCAGCUGCUGCACCUGGAGAAGGGGGAGCUCCACCUGCCCCCCAGCAGCCCCCCAACCUCACCAGCAACCGACGCCUGCAGCAGACGCAGGCCCAGGUGGACGAGGUGGUGGACAUCAUGCGCGUGAACGUGGACAAGGUCCUGGAGCGCGACCAGAAGCUGUCGGAGCUGGAUGACCGGGCCGACGCGCUGCAGGCCGGGGCCUCGCAGUUCGAGACCAGCGCUGCCAAGCUGAAGCGCAAGUACUGGUGGAAGAACCUGAAGAUGAUGAUCAUUCUCGGGGUGAUAUGUGCAAUUAUCCUCAUCAUCGUCAUUGUCUACUUCAGUACCUAGUCUGGCUCCCGUUCACUGCUCCCAUCAGCGAUCUCUUGUCUUGGAGAAAAACUCGCCGGAAAAAACGAAGGAACGAAUGACUGACCACCCGACCGACCACCAGAAUCUUCCACGUCCCUCCCACUGCCCCCCGAAAUCUCCUCGGCUCUCCCAGCCCAGCGUGUGUCUCUGUGCACCCCUGUCCUUGUAAAUAUCCCCGCUUUUCUUAUCUAUUCGUAUUUCCAGAAAAGAAACAAGGUAAUGACCACAGCGAUUAUUGUUAUAUAUGAAAUAUAUAUAUAUAUUGUUUUUUGUAGAGUCUUAUUCUUAGAUAAUGUUUCUAGAGGUGUAUUUUUCUUUGCAUCAGAGUUGACUGCCUACUAAGUCUGGAUAUCUCUUGUUUUCUCUUCCCCUGGUUGGAGAAGCUGAUGUUCCUCACUCUCUGUCUUCUGCUGUGUACUGCGUUCACAGGAAUUGCGUUAAUAACUGCCUUUUGUUCUUUUCAACUGAGGUAGCAGAGGCUUUGGUUAAUGUACCAGCGAUCUGUCUUUCUCUCUCCUCUCUGUCCCUCUUUCUCUCUCCAGAACUUUUGGAAAGCUACCAUGCUUUUCCUGUCUUGUUUCAGACAGCGUCUAUCUGUCUACCUACUAGUCUUUGGAAAGAGAUUUCUCUCUCUCGUUCUUGAUUCAUUUGAAACUGCCACAUUAGAAAAAGGACCAAUGUAUGUAGCUGAUUUUUUUUUUUAUUUGAAUUCCGUAUUUGUUAAUAGAUUUUUGUGGUUUAUAUUUUUCUGUCUCUUAUCUCUCUGACAUUCCUCAAUAAUGGUGUGAUAUGCUGUCUAUAUAUGUAUAAACAUGUUUUAAAAAGAAUAUAUAUAUACACACGGCGAAGGAGUGGAAACUCACAGUCACUGCAAAGGCAACACCGGCUGUUCACAGCGAGAUCUGAACCAGAGCCCCGCCGUUCUGCACUACAACAGCAAACGGAAAAAAAUAGCCCCCCCCCCCCCACCCCACCCCCACUUUUCAUGUCCUGGGGCCACUUCAAACGAAUGAAGUGUGUGUGGGUGUGGGGGGAGGGGGGUGGCACGUUCGGAAUCCGAACCCCUCUUUUUGACAGCCAGAGGCAAUUGAGACUCCAUCGUGUCUCGGCGACCUCGUUGGCAGAGCUCCGCAACCCUGCCCCCUUAACGGAGCCAAUUGAAAGUCCUGUGCGACCACAGACAGGGGUAUCUAUAUAUGUAUUCAGAAAGCUAAAACAUUCCUGUCCACAGCUUGUGACCUUAUAGAUGAAGAACAUAUAUAUAUAUACACACCAAGACUCACUCAGGUGGCAUAAAUACUCGUCACCACCUGUGCCUAAUUGUACAACACCUGCGAACGGCAUCGGUGGAUUCAUCUGUUGGUUCGUGGGAGGGGGCGCAGGGCGACCUUUGGGGGUCAGCUAGCUCCUUGUUACUUCAUUGAGCCCCUAACUGAUUGGAACGGACACUUUUCUGAAGCAGCCAGGAGUCCAGCGCAGACAUAACUAUAGCCCCUCUCGUAUCUCACGCUGGGAUCCUUGCUCGUGCAUUAAGGGUGAGGUACACGGCGUGUUCAGCUGUACUUGCCAGUGAAACCUCUUUGGAGGACUGAGCAGCGAUUAGUCUAGAUGUUGUAGGGAGAUGACUAGCUUGUGUCAGAGAGCUCACUUCAAGUCCCGUGCGGUAAUGUGGAGCCCAGCCGCAACGACAACCAGGAGGCCCAGGGUCCUCCAGGCCUGGGGUUGCCCAUAAAUCUGCCCGAGAGAGAUCUGUGGGCGGCCGUAAGUCUAAAGCACAAUGAAAUCAUGCUAAAAGCAUGGUAAAGGCCUGGAGGAGGUACAAGGUUGAACCCACAAAAUCAGGACUGAAACACUGGGGGGGGGGAGGGAUUUAAUGGAAUAAUCGAUUUUUAUUGAUUUUUAUUGAUCAUUACAAAGUUGGAUCGGCUGCACACCAGGACUGAAAUGGUGCACCUCUGGGUUUAACCGAGAGCCACAAACACAGAAGAUCUGGCCAUUCCUGAGCCCCAGGCAAGGAACCUGUAAGUUCCAGACAAGCCCUGAAGCUGUUCUCACUCGCGGUGGUAGUGCUCCCUCUGCUCUCUCUCACCAGGAACAGAUUUUAGGAUCCCCAGUUAUUUUUGUUGUGCGCGGGCGAACGGACAACUCGAUCAGGGAGCCCGUUAUUUUUGGACUUGCCGGUAGCCUGUUGGCUGUUGUGCGGGGCGGGUACACUGCCGCUGAGCUGGGGAAAGACGCGUCAUCGAGGAGUAUGGUCUCUUCUUGCUCCUUUCACCCUUCCGGGUUCUCGUCUUCCCACAUCCGUCAGUUUCUGUUUCGGUACGGCCUGGACAUUCCCAUCACGUUCAUCCUUCCUCCACGUCCUCCACGUUGCCGUCGCCAUCCUCGCCCGUGCCUAGGCAGUGUGGCCCUGAGUUCCAUUUACUGCAGGCUCCUGGGAGGAGGAGGAGGAGGAGGGGGAGAGACAUAGUUCUUGAUAGGUGAUGACAGAGGCAGGAAGUACACGCAGUGUUUACACUGCAGGAGGAUUUCUCCGAAGGAUUCGUUGAGAACUCCCUGGAGUGCCAUUUGGGAUUGUUAAGAAGAUGUCUUUGGAGGAACUGUAUAGGAUGCCCGUAGCAGUGAGGAGCCUGUUGGCAUGUCUGGUAGCUUCCUUGAGGAUUCUCCCAACUAAAAACUGACUUCCUGCGCCGGGCUGGCGUGACCUGGGACCCGCAAAUGUCCUAUAGCCGGCCCUUCUGCGUUGUCUCAACUUUCUUUCCUCGGUCUCUCCAUCUUUCUUCUGGUGGCAGGAGAUCAUUUCCUCUAUCCCUCUCCCCUGCUCAGCAGGGCUCUGUAUCAGGAGAGCGCAGCAGUCAGAUGUCUGUACUGACUCGCUCUCUCUGUGGGGGACGUGCCACAACGCUGGCUCUCUUGCGUUUGCAGUGCGAAGCCUGCAGUGCCUCAGAGCUUGGCAGGCAAGGGUAUGGAGUUCCCAUGACAACCAACCGGGAUCGCAGGAGGUGGGGCUGAGGGCGGGAACAGAAGAGCUAGUAGCCAAUAAGAACUCUCAAAAACAGUGGAGGCGGGGUUCUGUGCCUGCCCACUCUCCCUGCCCAUAUAUAAAGCACAUGUCCUGGAUUAUUAGUGAUGGAGCACAGAGGAGGAGGGUGGACUCCUACUCUGUUUACCCCCUAAGGCUUCAUAUGAUGCCCUUUUUAGAAGACUACUCUUCCUCCCAUUUCCCCUCUCCUGUGUUUUGUACUCUGCCCUUCUAGCGCUCUCUCCCUGGCUCUGUCAUUUCGCCUCGCCUCAUUGGCAUGUUCCUCUUGGCUGCAGGCUGUCACCAAAUCUCUAACUGCACUACCAACAGCCACCAAGACGUUGUGCUCAGUCUGAAAUAUAUAUAUGUGUUCUUCCGUUAAGCUGUGGACCCCUAUACUUCAGGAUUUCUAUCUGUGACUUAAAUUGCUGAGAUCUUGCAUGUUUUUUUAGAUUUUUAUUUUUGUAGCGUAGUGACAGACGAGCCUGCGGUCGGGCGCGGCCUCACUGCCUCUUUCAGCCAGCGCGGUUUUCGGCAGGGGCAGGGUCGCUCUGGAGGGGCUGCGGCGAGACCGUUCAAGAUCGACGGGGCGGGACGCCGGCCAGCGAGCGGGUGGGGGUGGGGGGUGAUGGGAGCAGCAGACUGCGAUUCCCGUCGUGGGCUUCGCGCGGCGUCCAAGCUUCCGAACAGCGGCUUUUAACGGUUUGCGAUCGGAGAGAUUCCGGGAAUGACGCCGACGCCAGAUUGGGGGGGGCUGGGGCAGCCUGCCCGAUGGCACCGCCCGCGUGGCGGCACUUGUAACCGGUUCCGGUCUUGGAGUGCCGGGGCUGGAGAGAACCCGCUCUCCAGAACUCGGAAUCGGGGGCCCUGUUGGACUGGAGGUGGGAUCGGGAUGGAAUAGCUGGAGGUGGGAUCAAGGAAAGCCGGAAACUUGUGAGCGCAAUCCGGUCUGGGCAUUGUGUGGAGGAGUUAACCAGUGUCAGCCUGACAGGAAGUUAACAAACAGCUAGACUGAUAGGUUGGCUGGGACUGUCAUUCGGAUCCCAUCUGCUCCAGAAAGCAAACAGAUACAGAUGCAACCAAACUUGCUAGCUGUGGGAUUUGCUUCUGAUUUAAUACAGGAGUCGAGGUUCUCGGUUGCACUGCAGAGCUAACUCAGAAGGCCCCAUGUGAAAGCUUUCGGCUUUCUCUUGAAAUCCCAUUACCCCACCUGGGCUCUUACUCCUAGGGUACCCAUCAGUCUGAUAUUUGACGUGCGUCCUUCUGUCUGAACCAGGGGCUGCUGCCUUCUGAGCGUCAGAGCCACGUGAUCGCGUGCUGGUUGGUCUCACGCCAGCAGAGGAGUAAGUUGUGUCAAGGUCUUGUGGUUUUAAAUUGACCCGCAGGGAUUGAUCGAUAGCGUCAACCUUAUGAAAGAGUGAUGAUAAAAGCAUUCCAAAAUCGGACAGCGUGGAUUGUCCCAGCUGUAAUGUGCUUGUAUACCAGUAGGGGGCGCACAAGCAAUUACUACAUUGCCUGUCUAUGGCUGAUCCGGUUGCUGACGUGGUAGGAGUGGAGACGGAGGGGGGGUUAGGGGGUAUUGGCGUUACUUGCAAUCCAGCUCCAGAGCGAUCCCUUCGGAAAACAGCGCAGGCGUCCGGGAAGACGCAGUGACACGUUAGCCCUCGGAAGUUUGUCCCGGAAGCAGCUGCACUUUCCAAAAAAAAAAACGGAGAAAGCCAAACUGAAAUCGCGAGCUUGAUUCUGCUCGAAUUAAAAACAUGAAAGUUGCAACGGCCAUACGUAACUCUCAUAUCAAACCGAUUACCUGUAAAUGAAACAAUUGCGAUCCAGUCGAGGGACACCUGCUCGUAGUGACAGUGAUAGCACAAACCUUAUUACCCUGGAUCCCUGUGUGUGUGUGUACGUUAUGUUACUGAUGGCAACAGCAACACCAAACGUGUCCUAAUCUUCGUCGCUGUUCAGCAAAACACAAAAAACAAAAAAACUGUGUGUAUGAUGUUGUGUUGUUGGGGGGGAGGGGAGGGGUGGGUAUUUGGGAGGAGCCCCGGUCUUGUCUGGAGGGGAGAUCUAAAAAAAAAAAUCCCAAGAUCUGUAGUCAGAUCUGUAAAAAUAAGGAAAAUCAACAUGGAAAAGCAUAAUUCAGACAGGCAAAUAGAGGGGCUCCUCGCGGGUCUUUCUCAUCUCAGGCUAAGGUGACGUAGGACCCGAGCAGGUUCCUCUCACAGAUCAGGGGUUGUCCUGAGUGUGCUUGACGAUGGGGGGGGGGGACGUCUAAAACAGAGUUGAUGUAUUUUUGUGUCUCAGUGUGUGAGGGACAGAAACAGGUUGGCGAAUGUGGUUCUUUUACCCCUGACUGGAAGAAAAAUUCCUUGCCUCCAUGAUCUGGAGGGAAACCACUGGAGGCUGGGAAAAUGGAUCCAGAGGGAUAUGAAAUCCGCAUUCCUCAUCUGUGACUGUUUAUUUUUAUUAUUAUUUAUUAUUUUUACAAUGGUGUGGGUUUAUGCUUUAAUGCUCCGACAUACAGGUAUUGCUUUUCGGGGGACACGUGGUUGGAUAGAAGUGUGGAGACGAGUUUUACCUGCAGAAGUCCAGAUGCUUUGUUCGCCCCAAGGACGCAUUGAACGGCGUCGCUUGUGAGCCCGUAUGAAUGGCGCAGAUUUAGCCUGCUGACCGGCACCCGAACCAUCUCUGCGGCCUUGAAACCAUUUCCUGGUUUGCGCUGAAUCCCAUGACGUAACGAUGACGUUGGUGUAGCGGUCAGGAGCGCCCGACCGCGCUCGCCCCGAACAAGCUUCGGUCGUAAAAAAAAAACAGGAAGCCGGUUUAAGAUUGACGCAACACUGGUAGAAAAGAUCAGCGCAAGCCUUUGGGACUAAAAAGAAAUAGCAAACGUCUAUCAUUUCAAUCCAGAGGUCCCUAGCAGCGGGGACCCUUAGGGUGACCACUGGUAGCCGGUCAGCAAGUGAAUUUGGCUAUCCGCGAGAUUAUAUAUUCUUCUUUUAAUGUCUAUGCCACAAUGCAUUCUGGUACUUGUAGUGUCUUUUACAGAGGGCUGUACGCAUUUUGUGAAUAUAAAAUCUUGUUUUGAAAACUGGA